AUGUCAUUAUACCGCAAUAACAACACCAAUCUCUUUACAAACACCAACGUGAAUCGUGGGAUGGGUGAAACGAAGAAUGACGACAGCGUACCCAAGAAUGACGACCACGGUUUUAUUCGGAAAAAUGUUGAAAUGUGGGAAAGUGAGAAGCUGGUUCGGAAACGAGCACGUACUGGAUUGCGUGGAAACAAACUGACAGCACCGUUUGUGAAUAUGUAUGCUGCCCUUCUGGUGUUCGUUUCCCACUUGACCAGUGUCGAAUCGCUUGUAUCGAUCGGCUUGAGCGUUUAUCUGACAAUCUAUGCGUUUCAUCAGAUGGAUAACAAUGAUGCUCUUGAUGGAUCCACCAUGAACUGGGUUUUGUUGUCAUUUGCUGUUAUUACACCUGUUUCAAGUGCCAUUUCCAUGGCAUUCACUCGUCGUGAUAUGGCAUUGAACCAUAUGGCAUGGAUCAAGGCAACACUGAUGCACAUUUAUUCGGCCCACUGUUGUUGGGAUUGGCCAAAGGUUGGGAAGCCUGGUCGCGACCCCGAAUAUGAUUGGCUGGACCAUUGCGACUCUGUACUUGACUCUUCUGUUCAGCUCUCCCAUGAACUUUGUAGAUUGCUGACUCUGCCCACAGCCAGUAGAGCAAGGCACCGAGUGACAUCGUGGGGCCGAAGAGAAGCCGCAAAGACUGAAGAGGUCAUGACGGAGUUUCAUUUGAGUAUAUCAGAUCACAUGUGGAACUUGACGGAACUCUGUGAACGUUUCAAGUAUCAAGGCCUGCCACCAAACGAAGCCACGCGGGUUCGUAACUGGGAACGAAUGGUGUCCGAAAAGAUUGAAAUGCUAUUGGUAAUCAAGAGAUACCGAACGCCACAGGCACUUCGAAGUUUUGGACGUAUCUUUACGACGUUCCUUCCACCAUUUUACGCUCCCUUUUAUGGCCAAAUGGCGAAGGACUUGAAUUCGUUACCCAUGGCCAUUGCCUUUGCUGUCAUCACUGCCAUUGCCUUGACUUCUCUCUUUGAGAGCAUCACACAGUUGGAAGAUCCGUUCGCUAGUUCCGUCCUAUUGGAUAACAUUGAUGUCUCCAGGGAAUUGGAAAAAGACUUGAAGAGGCAGCUUCUGGCGAGAAGGAGCCGCCAUUUCAAAGAUGCUCCACCAUUUCGACCGAAGGAUUCAGUGGAAAGUCAUGACGCCUAG